CAGCAGCAACAACAGCAACAGAGUCUCGGGCUCUGUAGAGCCGAGCCCUGUGGGUGUCUGCCCGGUACCGCGGCGAAGCCAGUUCCUCUGGAUCUUGCCUUUGCGCCAGCAGUGUUGGGAACAGCUUAGGCGAUAGCACCCACCCCUCUGAGGAGACAAGGAGGUGGUUCCCCAUCCACUCAAAAUUUCCAGACCACCCUUCGGUUCCCCUCCCUAAGCCGGACAGUGCUGCCCCCAGAAUCUCCAAGCCCCCGACUUUACUCUUAUCUAACUCGCCCUUAAUCUCUCAGUCCAGUGUUCCUCGCCCUCUGAAGUCCUCUCCUCCCCCUUUUUCAUUUUCUGUACCCUCUUCUAAGAGCGCCCCUCGGAUCACUCUGAGGGCAACCUUUUGAGAAAUCUCGGUGGAGUUGUGGACUAGAGCCGGGGAGUGUUUUAAAAGUCGGGUUAGAAAGACAGGAAGGUACGAUGGCUUCCUCGUCUGGCAACGAUGAUGAUCUCACUAUCCCCAGAGCUGCUAUCAAUAAGAUGAUCAAAGAGACUCUCCCCAAUGUCCGGGUGGCCAACGAUGCCCGAGAGCUGGUGGUGAACUGCUGCACCGAAUUCAUUCACCUUAUAUCUUCUGAAGCCAAUGAAAUUUGCAACAAAUCGGAAAAGAAGACCAUCUCACCAGAGCAUGUCAUACAAGCUCUAGAAAGUUUGGGAUUUGGCUCUUACAUCAGUGAAGUAAAAGAAGUCCUACAAGAAUGCAAGACAGUAGCGUUAAAAAGAAGAAAGGCCAGCUCUCGUUUGGAAAACCUUGGCAUUCCUGAAGAAGAGUUAUUAAGACAGCAACAGGAAUUAUUUGCAAAAGCAAGACAGCAGCAAGCAGAAUUGGCUCAACAGGAAUGGCUUCAAAUGCAGCAGGCUGCCCAACAAGCCCAACUUGCUGCUGCCUCAGCCAGUGCAUCCAAUCAGGCAGGAUCUUCUCAAGAUGAAGAUGAUGAUGAUGAUAUCUGAAAUUCACCAGCUGAGUUUGUGUUUCUUCUAUAAAUGUUUUUUCUUGCACAACAAAACAGUGAAAGAAAUGCUUAUCUGUAAUUUUGUAUACAUCUUGGUGGACUUGCCAAUUGGUAUUCUAGGGAUGUCUGCUGUUAAGUUUCAUCUAUUGUGUGCUAUACAUGUAAAAACUGUAUCUUUGAACUAUUGAAAAUUUAAGGUUCAGAAUAUCAAUUUUGAAUUUUUAAUGGCGUUUAUGAAAUUUUAGAUAGCAGUGAGCCCUUUAUUUGAUCAAUAAACAGUGUUACAAAAACUUCAAGUUUAUAAAAAUACAGUGGAAUUUAUAAAGAAGUUCUUACUCUGCAUUUGCAUUUCCUCUGCCCUUUUAACCAAAUUAAAAUUGGGAAUUUUAAAUUGAGGUGGGGUGCAGUGUGAUGCAGAAUAAAUUGGAUCAGGUUGGUGAAAAAAAGAGUUCAGUUAUGUAUUAUCUGAAUUUUUUGUCUUUUAAAAUGAGUAUAUACACAGGCAAUAAACAUACUCAGAUAAAUAUACUUAUUUAGAGAGUCCUCAAUACAAGACAUUUAAAAACUAGGAAGGGAGUGUGUGUUCAAUAGUACUUGUAUAAAUUUGAUGAGUUAUGUUUUUUUGUUUUGUUUUGUGUAGAGGUGAAAGCUAGUUUUAUUAUAGCAUAAUUUAUCUUGAGCUACACUAUUACAUUUCAAAGACUGCGCAAUUUUGAAGACUGUCAUUAUUCUUACUAUUUCACUCCAGUUCAAUACUUGUUAUAGUAUUACUUGCUUAGUCCAUUCAUGUUUAUAUUGUUCAAGUAUAUAGGUGGGACUUGUGAAACAAUUGCUUGGUUCCGUUGGUUUAACUGAGGUUCAUGAAUAUUCAAACCUUUGCUAGGGAAAAGAAAUGAAAGCUUAUGGAUAUGCUUGCUAUGAAAGAGGGCUUUUUAAAAAAUUUAACUUGUAGUUGUAGUUUACUUAUUGUUUUUAGCAUUACAUUUACAUUUUCUUGACUAGAUGGCCUAGAGAAUCCCAUUGCUACCUUUUGAAAUGACAUUGUCUCCAUCAUAAUUGAGUAAUAGCUUUAAAAAAUUGAUUCUUUUUAAAGAAAGUGUCAUAAUUGAUCAGCUGUAUAUGAAACAAAUAGUUUCAACCUGCUCAUUAAAGGGAAGAAUCUUUAAUCUGGUUCCAAUAAAUAAAGUAUAGUAUUGAUUAUUAUAGGAAUUCAGCAUAUUGGAGAAAAAUGGCACAUUAUAUUUUGGAAACAGAAAGGAAAAGCUACUUAAAAUAACAUGAAGUAAUUAAAUUCCUAUGUCAGUUGCCAAAUCAUUUAAAUUUCUAUAUUCCCCAAGCCCAAAAAUAGAUUCUAGCUGCCAUGAUUCCAAUUUUAAUUGGAGAGCUAAAUAAGUAAAGUUUGUAAGUAUUAGAUGUCUUAAUCAUAUUUUGCAUUUUAGAAAAAGGGAAACAUCGUUGUAUACUUAUCAAAUACACUUCCCCCAUAUAAGAAAAAGGUUAAUAAUUUUGCUGAAUGUUACUUCAAGCUACUUCCUGGAUGUCAUAUCCAUGAAGUACGUUUGGAUGAGAUGGAAUUGUUUUUUAAAAAGUUUAAGUACCAAAGGUAGUCUAGUCUAGAGAAAUAAUAAGUUAAUAAGUAUUGGCUUUUCCAAUUUGUACUGUAACAUUCUUAUACUUUUUUUUUUUUUUUUUUUUUUUUUUGGAGUGUAUCUAUUUCUCAAGUAAACAACUUAGAUAUUUUUCCAUGCCUUUUUCUUUCUGAUGCAGAGUUCAGGUUAAUUAAUAUUUUACUGCAUCUGAUAAUGUAUUAUAUGUUUGAAGCCUAUGACUUUUCAUUUUGACAUUCUUGUGAUUUCAUAUGCUGUAUUCUUCAAGCAAUAAAAUUCUGAUGUGUUUUAUAAAUUGUUUUUAUAUUUAAUGAUCUAUAGGGAGAUAUCUAUCACUAUUUUUACUAGUUUCAGGAAUGUUAGGCCCAAAAGACAUUUUGGUCAUUUGGUGUAUUUCUUGUUUGUUUACUGUUAUUUCAGAAAAUGUGAUUUUACUUGUGUUUUUGUAAUUUACAGCAAGGCAUAACAAAACUAAUUAAGCAGUAUUUUAUUUUUAGCAUUUUAAAAGUCACUGUUAUAUGUUGCCAGUCAUUAAACUUUUUAGUCUUUGGAGACAAAAACAAAAUCUUCAGAGUUUUUGAGAAAUAAAAUUGUCGUUUAGUAAAGAUUUUUUUCCAUCCCCUUGAAUAUCUAUCUUUUUCAGCAGAUUGUAAGAUUGAUAAGCAUUGAAAAAAGGCACCAAUUUUUAAAAUUGCAUAUACCUAUAUACAUACUGGAGAGUGCACAAAUAAAGGUCUGUACAAAUUAAAUACAUUCAGCAUCAGCCCUCAGAUUAAGUAGACACAGAGCAUUAUGAACAACCUAAAAGCACCCGGGCCCUUACCUUAAUACUGUCUUCUUCUUCCUUAGAAGUAACUACUAUUCUCACUUAAAGUCAUAGAUUAGUUUUGCCUGCAACACAAAUUUGUUCUCAUACAGUCCUAGAGAUGAGAAGUCCUAAAUCAGGACUUUCAUUAGGUCAAAAUCAAGGUAUCCACAAGGUUGAUUCCUUAGGAUUGUGAGAGGAGAAUCCUUUUUGAUGCUUUUUUUCAGAUUCUAAUGACUGCCAUUACUGGGAUUAUAGCCCCUUCUUCCAUGUGUCUGCUCAUAUUCCUACAUCAUCUUCUCAUACAUAGUCAGAUCUUUCUUCUCUCUUACAUUUAUGACACUUUUUUUAACCUUGAAAGGAAUUUAUGGCUCCUCCAGAUAUUUCAGAAUAAUCCUCCCAUCUCAAAAUUCUGAAUUUGAUCACAUGUGCAAAGUCUCUUACCAUUUUAAAUGAUAGUCACAGGUUCUAGAGAUUAGGAUCUGGACAUCUUUGGAGGCUAUUAUUUAACCUACCAAAGUGACAUUGACCAAUAUAGUUGCAUAUAUUUGUAGUUCUUUCAUUAUCUUUGCUGCAUUUAGUGUUCCAUUUAUCCAUUUCUUAUUACAUCCAAAAUUUACUAUCCAUUCUAUCCAUACUAUCUUUGAUGAACAUUUGAGGAAUUUCCAGUUCUGGGCUAUUAGGAAUAGUGCUAGUGAAGAACAUUUUUAUACACUUUUUACUUAUAUGAAUGGGUAUAUUCAUAUAAGUAAAAAAGGAGGGGAAUUUCUGGGUCAUGGGGUGUGCAUAUUUUUAAUUAUAGUAUGUGCUGUUGAAUUGUUUUCCUCAGUGUUUGUAAGAAGGCACCAUUUUAAUAUGUAGCUAAACAAUGAAUUACCCUAAUGAUCUAGGGGCCUAACAAUGUUAGUGGAUUUCUCAAAACACCUAAAUUAUAUCAAAUGAGUUAUAUUUCUACAGCAGGUCUGCUUCUAUUUAAUAUAAGAGGAAAGUAAAAACAGAAGUAUUUGUUCUUAUUACUGAUAGUAGUAGUAUGCACUCAUUAGGUUAUUGCUCCUCAAAUGUAAUAGAAGUUUAAGGUAAUUCUAAAUAAUAGGUUGAGUUAUAAGUAGUGUGUUGAGUUGUAGAAAAAUAUGUGAUUUAAUUUUUCAGUUAGGUUUUAAAAUUUUGGUUAUAAUCUUAUUUAAAUAAAUAUACAGAUGUUUCCUCAUAAAGUUCUCUAAAUUAUAUCUGUCAAACUUAUAGAUGACUGUGUGACCAUUAAAAAAAGUAUUCAGUCCAGAUAGUAUGCAUAGGCACUCGCCUUCUUUUGUCUUCAAUUUGGAUUUUUUGUUUCCUUCUCUGACCCUGGCCCCUUAGCCAGAAGUCCUGUUCUACCACGCUUUCUUUUUCUUCUUACCCAGGGUCAAUAAGUAUCACAGGUAAGAUUACCUAAAGUGAAGAGAAUGACAACAUUAUAAGCAGCCUCUCACCAAAGUGUUACCAGUCCUUAUCCAGUUUCCUUAAAAUAAAUGAAAAGAGAAAGUAGGGAAUAAAAGGAGAAAAAUUUUAACUUAUGACCUGUUACUACUGUAAAUCAAGAAACUUAAUAAAGCCUUAGAACAGAA